AUGCAGAAGAACCUCAGUGAGGGAAAGAGACUUCCGGGCUCUUCUGGUGGAUCAGGGAAGGGGGGUAACCAGCUGCACUGUCCCAAAUGUGGAGACCCAUGUACACAUGUGGAGACCUUUGUAUCGUCAACACGUUUUGUAAAGUGUGAGAAAUGCCAUCACUUCUUCGUGGUGCUCUCUGAGACGGACUCGAAGAAGGGUCUGAAAACAGAAGCUGAGUCGCCCGCUGAGGCUGUCAAAAUGGCCUUCACACAGAAACCUCCCCCGCCACCCAAAAAGAUCUAUGCCUACCUGGACAGUACGUAG